AUGGGUAGCUACAGACGUGUAAGAGAGCGCAAUUUGCAGCAAGAGAACCAAGUCAUGGCCUUCAGCGAAGACGACCAGAGUCACAAGGUUCUGGAUGUUCAUGACUUCAAGAGUGGAGACGUUAAGGUUAGAGUGGAAGAGAAUCAGGUGGUGGUGGAAGGUCGAGUGGAAAAGGAAGAGGACGACUUCAAGUCCAUGAAAAGCUUUUGUCGACGCUUCAACUUCCCAGGCAAAGUGGCUAUGAGGGGCGUGACUUCUGCAAUGUCUUCUGAUGGCGUCUUGACUAUCACGGCUCCGAAGAUUCCACAGGCAGCAUAG